AUGUCGAAAAACAUCAGAUUUGGCGGAAGAUGUGAUGAAAGUAACCGACUUUUGCAAAGCGUCCUUCCCGGAUUUGUGCUCACGUUGAGAGAUUUUUCUCUGCGAUUAGUCAAGGAAGGUACGAAACUAACAGAAGACGAGUAUCUUGAAAAGUGCUUGGAAGAUAGAAUAGGAAGAGGUGUUUAUUUCAACAAACCACGUGAGAGCAUCCGAAAAUUCUUUCCUGUCUUCAAACGGAGAUGUUUUGCAUUCCCUGUCCCUGGAGAUGGUGAUGUAAUGGACAAGCUUGAUAGCCUUACAUUUGACGAGCUUUCACCUAAAUUCAAGAAUGUUGCCGAACUGUUCGUGUCAUAUAUCUAUAGCCAGAAGCCAAAGCAACUCCAAAUUAGCAAACCAGUCAACGGGUCUAUGUUUGCCACACUUACCAGGAAGUAUGUGGACGCUCUUGCAAAAGGAGCUGUGCCUGAUGUUGAUGAUGCAUUUGAAAUGGUUGCUAAAAUCGAAAAUGGGAGAGUCAAAGGCAAAUGCAUGGACUUGUUUCACUCCAAAAUGAGAGAGAUACAGUUGCCUCUUUCAUCACCAUUGCUGGAUGAGCAUUUCAACAAAGCCAAGCUGUCUGCGCUUGAAUACAUGCGGCGAAAUGCAAUCAAUGAUGUGGCCAAUGUUGUAGAAAGGGAUGCUCAGAUGGAAAUGGACUUGUUCUGGCAUCAAUUACAACAGAAAAAUGAUGCGGACAAAGAGACAUAUUGUUCGGACGUACUUUCAAGUUUGAAGACAUUCAACAAUUUUCAAACGACAUUGCAGAACAGAGAAUAUGAAGUCAUCGGAGGGCAUACAAAAUUCAAACAAGAUAUCGGUAUGGUUCUUAAAGAUGCUUAA